AUGCACUUUUGUUUUCUUUUUAUCUUUUUUAAUUAUCUCGCUUUUGACUUUUCCAGCACCUUCAGCUUCCCCCGCACUCACAAACUCAACCUCUCACAAUCAAAUAGGAAAAGACUCUGUUCCAAUAAUUGGACACCAGGGACUGGAGAUUUGUCAUCGACGUACUCCGCAACUCCUACAGUCGAACUGUUCCGUUUUUCUAUAACAGCGUCAAAUAAUGAUUGGUUUUUAUUAUACAGAAUGGAGAUUAGGGAUUAUUGCUGCUGUAAAACAUAG